AUGAAAUAUAAAAAUUAUAUGAUCCUUAGAUUUUUUAUUAUACAUUUUUUUACUGUAUUGUAUUUUUUGUCACAAUGCACAUUAAAAACAAAGAAAAUAGAAUCUUUAAGAUCACCAUUCGAUACAAACCAUACAAGAAAUUUAUCAGAACAAGAUGAAGAUUUUCUUGAGAAACUGAAAACUUCGCAUGUUUCAACAAAAUUAAAUCCUGAAGAAUGUAAUAAUAUGCAAGCAAAAUUGGAAGAUUCGAAGGAACAAGUUUCAGAAAAAUGCAAUUAUGAAGAAGCAUCUUCACAUGAUUCAGAACAGAAGAUGGAAUUGAGUGAAAUGCAGAAAAUGUGGAAAGAUAUGAUUAAUGAACAGCUAUCAAAAAAUGAUAUGAUAAAUGCAACGAUACAAAAUUGGGAUAAUGUUUGCUUAGUACAUGGAACAGGAAAAUUUUUAACAGGUGAAGUUUGUAAACAAACUAGGUUAGGUUGUUGGGAUCAAAGGAAAAAAAUUAAUAUGUUGGUAAAAAAUGUACAAUAUUUUAAUGAAUUUAAAUGUCUUGAGGAGCAAGGGUGCACAAAAGAGAGUUUUUUAACUUUUCUUCAUAAGGCAGAAAAGGAGAUGGAAGACACUAGAAAUAAGCAACUAAUUAUGUGGAAAGAAUAUUUGAAUGAAUUAGUGACUUCUAUAGAUCAAUAUAUUUCAAAAUGCAAUGUAAGCACAGCCACUCAAGAAUCAGAAGAAGAGAUAAAAAAAGAUGAUAAAUAG